AUGAGUGCCGGCGGCGGUGGCGGUGGUAGUAGCAGCAGUAAUUAUGCCGGUGGAAGGCGGCGUGCGCUCAGUCGACAGAGUGCCGAAGAGGAGGUGUUAGACCGUAUAUCACGCGAUGCCGAGGAACGCAUGACCCGUAAAAGACAGGCACGCGAGGAGGCACGACAGAUACGCCUGGAGCAACUUGAGAAGCAAUGCCGAGAAGUAUCAUUUUUAUUAUUUCUUACGUUUCUUUAUCCUUGUAGCGUUAUUUUGUAUUUUCUUUUUUCUGUUGCUGAGAAUUUUAUUGAAACUGUAAUUGCGUUUACGGAUGAGUCACUUAUUACGUUAGUUCCUGUUCCAACAAUCAUCUUGCAACUUAAUAUAUUUUACAGCCCGAAGCGAAUGGCUAUAAGCCGACGAGCGAAGAAGGCAAUGUAA